UCCACCACUGUAGUUAAUAUUUUCAUCAUAACUUCUUCAAUCUCAGCGUAAUCUCCAUGCAAAUUUGGAUACAGGAGCGAAGAAAACUCAAGGUAUGAGUUAGGUUUUGGAGAUUACAAGUUCUAGAUAUAGAAAGAUGAAGGUUAAUUGUUAAUAUUGUCGCAUGCCUACUUAAAUCGUUCAUUACAGAAUUCAAAAUCUUGAUAUGUGCGUUAUACGUGAAGUUGAUUUUGGGUGUAUAAUGAAAUGUGAAGAGAAAAUGUUGAGAUAUAUGAUCAUAUUCUGGGUUAAUUUGUGGAAAAUUGACGUCCUUUGGGACGGGAUUGGCGCAAAAAUUUAUAUUAGAUGCGAACUUAAGAAGUUAUAUUAAAAAUUUUAAGGGUUACGAAGUUAUAAAAUUUCAGGGGUGCGGAAUUAGAUGAUCGAUAGAAAUUACAAAGUAAAAAGAAUUUGAAAAUUCUAGAGGUUACGAUUGCACUCCGGCACCCCUCGGUCCAUCCCUGUUUGGGAUAUUAUUUACUGGAUCCCAUAUAUCCGGGUUUAAUAAUGCCAGUGUAAUUUACUGAGGGGUAUUAAACAAAAUUAUCAACGAGAAUGAAUAUGUUUGUACUAGAUGCGUAAUGAGUUUAUACUAUAUGGAUAUUCAUGUUCACUUAUGUUGGAUUUAUUUUCCAAAUGCAUUAGUAAAAUUAUGAUUUAUAAGAAAAUGUAUUCUUGUCUAUUUUCUUAUAUAUAUAUAUAUGCUAUGUUAUUCAAAAUAUGUUCAAAGUUAUCAAAGAGGUUAUAUCGACGUCAUUUGAGCAUGGCUUAGCCAAAGGUCUUCCACGGAAGCUGCUCUCAACCUGGCGUUGGGGCAGCCUACUACCCUACCUCUCCCUUACCACAUUGCAUAUGAGAAUAGGGUUUUGUUGUUUGUUGUAUUUGAGCAUGGCUUAGAGUGUAGGUAGCUGAUUCGAAGUAAGAGAAGUCGGCUCGGAUCAAAGUGAUAUCAGAUUCAGACUUGAUUCAGAUCUGUUUCGAUUAUAGACUGAAAAUAUGUCAACCAUCUUUCACAAAGCAACAGAUGAAGAGGUUGAGAGCCCUGCACUAGCUGGUGCAAAGGAGGUGGAUACCGAAGAGCCAUUACCUCGGGCCCCUGUUGGUGUUGCCGAGCCAGGACAGGAGGCACGUAUUCAGCCUAUGAUAGGGUUGAUCAGGAGGUUUAUAACACAGAUAAUGCCAGCUCCAUCUCUUCUCGAGGUAAUCCGUGAGAUUGGUGCAGAGGAUUUCAAAGGGAGGAACGAUGACGAUGAUCCCUUUACACCGGAGUAUUGGUUGGAUGAUACACACAGGCUUCUACAGGAGUUGAACUGCACCCCAGAAGAAAAAUUAGAAUGUGCAGUAUCUCUACUCAAAGAUGAAGCUUACGAGUGGUGGGAUGUUGUGACCUAUGGAGUGGACCCUUCAGAAUUGACCUGGGAUUUCUUUCUAGCAGGAUUUCGAAAGGAGUACCUUGGGGAAAGAUUUCUGGAGGAAAGAAGGACAGAAUUUCUGUAUCUGGAGCAGAAUGAUUUGUCUGUAAGAGAGUACGAAUAUCAUUUCGUACGACUCAGUCGUCACGUGAAAGAAUUGGUGCCUACUGAAGCCGAUAUGUGUACCAAAUUUGAACGUGGCCUUACAUUCGAGAUUAGACGUUACUUAGCAGCCGCGAGGAUUCGGGAAUUCUCUACUCUUGUUGAUAGAGCUAUUGCAGUGGAAGAUGUUAUUAUUGAGAAGCAGAGGAGUAAAGAUAAAACCCAGAUGAAAAGAGGUCGAGGGCAAGUUAGUUUUGUACCAUUCCCAUCUGCUAAAAGAGCUAGGGAUUCUCAGGGUCCAAAAUAUUCUACACCAACACAUAACCAGAGGCAUGAACAAAGGCAGAAUUCGGGUUCGACAUCUAGACUCGUGAUGUCUCGGGCGACAGGCAGCAUCGGUGGCCAAUGCAAGAGGAUCGUUGAGGCAAGAGACACUUUGGAGAGUGUUAGAGUCUCACGGGAGCAUGUUACAGACUCCAAAUAUCAUUUCAUUAGAGAUUGUCCCCAGAUGACAACUACUGCAGAGACGGAGAGAUCUACCCCCAAAGCUCAAAAAGGCAGGAGGAACGGUGAUGCAAGGAACAGCCAGAAAGCUGUGACGGAGACUCUGGCAAGACCCGACUCCCGAUCACCAGCAAGUGCUACUGAGGCACGGCCAGGUCUUAUUGUUGGUACAUUCUCACUAUUCAAUUUCGUUGUGCAUGGAUUAAUAGUCGGUGGAUCGAGACAUUCCUUCAUCAGCACUUCUCUUAUAGAAAGGGAAGGCUUAUCACGAGAGCUUACGAACCACAAUGCCUCAUUGACUGAUAUACUCGGCAAUAGUUUGACGGUAAACAAAAUCUGGAGAGGCUGUCCCUUGGAAGUGCAAGGUCUUGUGUUCCCAGCAAAUCUCAUGGAACACCCGUUCCUCGUCGAUUUCGAUCUAAUACUCGGGAUGGAUUGGUUGUCAUUGAGUCAUGCUGUAAUAGAUUGUGGUUUAGGAAGAAUUAUUAUCCGAGGUCCUGAUAACGAAGAAGUGACGUUUGGAGGGUGGUCCUGUCCUCCCUCGAAUGCUUACCUCGGCUCUCUAUUUGGUAAGAGAGCUCUCUGAUAGGUGAGAGAUCUAUGAGAAAGAAGGGGGUUACACUAUCGUGCUGUAAAUCUCUAUUUAGUGAAGAAACUGUGUAGGUGGAAAACGCUACGUAUCUAUGGUAUGUAAAA